GUGCAACUGAGCUCCUAGCUGGCGUUUUUUGAAUUGCCCAAACCACAGCCUUGUCAUCCUGCCAACAUAGAACUUUUUCGCCCAACGCCAUCUCACGAACCCUUCGCGGCGCGAAACGCACCCAAUCCCGCCGUGGGCGACUUCUUGCUCAGCACCUGACCAGCUGAUACCCCCUCCAGCCACGUCAACACCUCAUCUCCCGCCGCCCUCAGCUUUUCCCCCGAGACGCGGUUCUCGACUCGCGCGAUUAUGGCUCGCGACUAUUCACCCCCCGAGUCUCCCCUCUCCUCGAUGGACGAAUCGGAGCCCUACGAUGAGGAUGGACACGAGGAGGAGGAGACGACCCUGCGACCGUCGAAGCGCCAGCGUCUCGAUGCUGGCUCGACGACGUCCUCGGCAGUUGUCCCUGACGCUGAGCCUGAGACCGUGCCAGAGCCUGACGCCCUCGAGGGCAUGUCGGACGUCUCAUCUGAUACUUCGGGCGACAUCCCGAGCUCACCGAUCAACGCGCGCCUUGAUGAGGAGGACUUCCAGGACCAGGUCACUAUUUGCGACUGGGACGGCUGUCCCGCCGGUGACCAGGGCAACAUGGACAAGCUAGUCGAACACAUCCACAACUCACAUAUUGAGAACCGACAGAAGAAAUACACGUGCGAAUGGAGGAGCUGUAACAGGAAGGGUCUUCCUCAUGCUAGCGGCUAUGCCCUCAAGGCUCAUAUGCGCAGCCACACGAGGGAGAAGCCCUUCUAUUGCUAUUUGCCGGAGUGCGACAGGUCAUUUACUAGAUCCGACGCGUUGGCGAAGCAUAUGCGUACGGUGCACGAGACGGAGGCGCUGCGGCCAUCCGACCCCGUCCCCAAGUCGAUGCAGUCUGGCACCCUUGGCAAGGGAGGGAAGCUCAAGAUCAUCAUCAAGACACCUCAAUCACACGGCGCUACGGAAGACGGCUUAGAUGAUGCGGCCAAUGGCGACGACCACAACUCGGAGUACUUUACGGCCUUGCCGGAGGAGCUGUUCGGAAGCGAGGAGUUGGCGUACCCCGUCGACAAGCUCUACCGCAAGUGCUACUGGGAGGCCAAGUGGGCUGAGGAUGUCGGUGAAUCUCUGAAGAAGGAGUGCAAGGAGUGGGAGGACCUCUAUUACAAGGAGUGGCUAGAGAAGGAGGUGCUCCUAUCGCAGGUGAUCAAGAGCGAGGUGAAUUGGCAUGAUCGACGACAGGCCAUUCUCUCUGGCGCCGCCGACGUGCAGGUUCCUGGAGCCGUGGAGAGCGUGGAGGGAGAGGUCAAUGGCACUAAGAUGGAGGUGGAGGAGGUCUAGGAUGCCGAUUCUGCCAACGGGACCAGUUCGCCAGAGACGACAGCGACACCUCGUCGAUCCAGCAGGAUCCGUCCACGCACCGGCGUCUCAUGGGCUUUGUAACAUCACACUUGUACGGAGAGGAGUUGACGGAGUUGGUUAUUUGAAUUUCGGGGACGGGACACUCGAGGAAGAAGCGGCUUGUUAUUUUUCUCUACGUCCAGCAUAAUAAAUGCAAAAAGAGC